AUGUGAAUUUUUAUGUACGUUAUUUUUCUACAAAAAGAUGAUGUACUAUAUAUUUUUAAAAAGAGAUAUUUAAGAAUUCACAAAUGUAUAAACACAUUUAUAAAAGUUAUAUUUUUGAAAAUGUUAUGUCUUGUUAUUUCUUUAGGAUAUUUAGAGAAUAUGUAAGUCAUGAUCAAACAAAAGAGAUUAAUACAAGAAAAGAAUCUUGAGUCUAAUUCAGCAUGUAAUCACGAAUCUUUAUAUGGUUUCUCGAUCGCGAGAAUUAAAUUCACACUAUCGCGCAUUUGCACGCUUUAAUAUGAGUUAUUUACAACCGUACACGCGUAUAUGUUCAACUAAAACUUUUUAUAUACCUUGAACUGGACAUCGCUCGAUAGUACGAUUGAAUCAGUAGAUCUUGAUACGGAAAAUGUGGCUUCAGUGCGGUAUAUUGAUCCACAUAUUUGGAUUCCUCCUCGCAAAAUCGCCCAAGUUCGACGAUGCCGUGGGGUAUUCCUCGUCCCUGGAUAGAAAAUUAACGCUGAAAUUAAAAACAGCGACGCGGUUGAAGCACAAUCUCGGGAAGGUUCUUCACGAGUUGCCGAUCCAAACUUAUGAGCUGUACCACUCUGUAAAGACAGUCGAGGAUUACUUGAAGAACGGGGGUUCGCUAAUCGAAUGUCUCGAUGUCUUACCUUCCAUAAUGUACGCGCCUAUCGCGGAGCAGAUAGACGUCAUCCUCGAAUCCAUGGAGAAUCACUUGCCUAAGUACGUCCUCCCAGCGAUAUCUUUGAUCAGGCGAUCCUUGUCGAAAGGCGUUUUAGACGCCGAUGAAAUCUACAGACCAACCCUCGGACCACCGAAGGCCGAUCCGUUGGAAAAGAUUCCUCUGGCGGAGCUGAAGAGAGCAGCGUCGCCUUUGACCUACCGCAAACCGGUCAAGGCUCUCGUGGGGUCCUGGCCGAAAAUAAUCGGCGAGACAGCAUCGCUGAUUAAUAACAAAAUCAUUCCAUCGCGUCCGGAAUUGAUCGCCUAUAUGUUGGCGAAUCUGAGGAUACCUGAUGCGACGCCAGAGGUGAGAGAAUCGGUCGCGCUUCUCGUCGAACACUUGCAAUCUCAUGGCGAGCGCGAAUUGACUGGCUUCAGCACGUCACCUGAUCCGUACGCGUUGGUCGCCAAUGCUAUUUCGAGUCUGUCUCCACAGGACGAGAUUCUAAUCGGCGUAUAUACGCUGUUGCCGUUUCUGAAGAAACCCGCGGAAUGUCGAAAAUCUUCUGAAUUUGCCAGUUUUUUUCAGAAUAACACGCUGAACUAUACACUUUUGAUACUGAGGGACAGAAUGAUCUCCAGAUCGAAAGCUGGUAUCGAGCUGUUAUCCAUAAUGCAAAAUAAUACGGACGUACAAGACACCGUCAAACAACUCUCGCCCUUCGAGUACAUGUCCUGGAGAGACUUGCUACUGGCUUUCGUCAGUCAACUCAGACGUCGGCAGGCUCAUCAGGAUAGAGUGUCGGACAUCGUAGACAGCGUCUACGGUGAGCUGAUUCUGAAAAAUACUCGAAAGUAUUGGCAACUCUUGAGGAAUUCUAUUAUCGCUACACCAGUUCUUACCGCCAUAGCCAGAAAGGAGCGUUCCUCCAGGAUCCGAAGACUCCUUAUGGAAGUAGCUUUGGACAGAAGCAUUGAGCCGGAAGUCUGGCAGAAGGCUCUCGCUUUUGCUUCUUCGGAGGACAUCGGUGGACCGAUGGACGCUGUCUUGAAGACGCUGAAAGCUUUCCUAGCUUCGGGGCUUCUUGGCCAAACUACCUUGUUGAUAAACAUCGCUGAAUUGGUCACUGCGUACGAUAACAAAAUUAAUCAAGGGCAAGCCGAAUGUGUCAAUCGAUUGGAGAUGUAUAUGGCUAAUCUUACUGAAGCAGAAACCGCGAUUAACAGAAAGAUGACGAUCCGGAACGUCGAUAUCGAAGAUCUUCUUCAGGCUCUGCCUGAUUUGGACGUUUAUACGGAUGAGUAUAAAAGUUUGAGAAGUUUUUUGUCACAAAAGGACUUAGAGGCAAAGAUAGGACAAGUUGACAUAAAAGCACAUCCUACCAGAGGUAGAUUGUUGCAACAGAUACUGCAUAUGGCAGGGUAUGCCGAUAAUAUCGAUGAUAGUCUACGUCAUUUGGCCAAACAAUUCAUCGACAAUGUGGCUUACGAGGGCUACGGUGCUGGCGCUUUGCUGUAUCGUUCCAAUUAGCUUGAGAAUAAGUAUGGUUUUCCACGGUUUUUGAUUAAAUUACAUAAAUCUUAGAUCUGAUGAUUCAUUGGUAUUUCACAUAAGAACAGAAAAAAUAUACAGAGAUCAAUUGCAUUAAAUAAUCUAAUUAAUGUCAAAAUUGAAAGUUUUUUUAGAUACAUUUUAAGACACAUCACUGUCGCUGAGAUUGCUAUUAACGUAGAAACUUGUAUCUUAUUAUUUAUAAAUUCAUUCUUCUUCGCGAUUUCUGAGAUUAUUCUACAGAAUUAUACGGAUUCUUAAUUACUCAAAAUUGAUCUUAGAAACACAUCCUCAUUUUUGUACUCAGCGUAACAAUAAAAAUACUAUAUUUCUUUCUUUUGCAACGCUAGAAAUGUUUGCCGUCUUUACGGUUAUAAGAAAAAUUCUGCUGGCAAACUUCAUUAUACAAUUAAUUACGAUUAUUGAUAUAUAUUGAUA